UACUGGCAUACCCACUAAGGGAUAUUUUGAAACUUUGGGAUAAAAAGUUUCGUUUUGUUGUUUACAUCUGCGGAGUUUCAUUAACCACUUAAAAGGUGCUGUGUGCAUUUAAAAUGAAUAAAGAAGAUAGGGAAAACGAACUUCUAGCCUUGGAAAGCAUUCUGGAUCCUUGCUCGUUUGCCUUUAACGAAACAACCGGCCGAAUAGAUGUGUUUCCACAACUGCAAACAAACUAUAUAAAGUUGACUUCCGAGGUAAAAUCUGAGAAAUCCUGUGACGACUCCCACAAUAAAGAACAUUUUGUAAGUUUCCUGCCACCAAUACAACUUAACUUUGCAUUAUCUGAUGGCUACCCUUCUGAUGAACCACCACAAUUCAACUUAUCCUGCGUAUGGCUUUCUCCAUCUCAGGAAGAAGGUAAUGUGAUUCUGUACGAGUGGUUCCAAUUUCUUCAGGAUGAUUCCCUUUCUAUUCUUGGAAUAAAUGACAACUUACAUAUUUGUGAUGAGUUUGAGUCUUCAUCUCAAUCUUCCACCAUUGCAUCUUCAAAACCAGGAAUAAAUAAACCUUGUAAACGGGGCUUACAAACUGCUCAUAGUUAUGCCGAAAUAUUGCCAACAUUGCUCAACUAUGAUCAACAAAAACAGCAAGAAAUUUUUUUCACAUCAGUAUUUUCUUGCAAUAUUUGUUUUGUAGACAAAAAAGGAACUGACUGCUUACAGUUUAAAGAUUGUGGACACGUAUAUUGCAAACAAUGUAUUACUUCUUACUUUGAAAUUCAUAUAUCUGAGGGUACAAUCACUAGUUUAAUUUGUCCAGAACCAGACUGUGAUACAACUGCAUUGCCAAAUCAGGUAAAAGAAGCUGUGAAUAAAGACUUGUAUGAAAGGUAUGAAAAGCUCCUUUUACAAACCACUCUUGACACAAUGACGGAUAUUGUAUUUUGUCCGCUCAUGCAUUGUCAGUCGGCAGUGAUCAUUGAACCUGAAGCUUCGAUUGGCCAAUGUCCGUCUUGUGCAUAUGCAUUCUGUGUUCAUUGCAAACUGGCAUAUCAUGGCGUUAGUCCAUGCAAAAUCGCUUCACAUGAAAUUAUCAAGUUAUGUAAGGAGUACGAAUCUGCAAAUGAAGAAAAGAAGAAACAGAUGGAGAAAAAAUAUGGAAGGAAAGUUCUUUGUAAAGCUUUGGAUGACCGAGCAACACAAGCAUGGAUGAAUAACAACACUAAACCGUGUCCAGGGUGUAAUGCUUCAAUAGAGAAACUUGACGGCUGUAACAAAAUGACGUGCUACAAAUGUAGGGCGUAUUUUUGUUGGAUCUGUAUGCAUGUUUUGGACUGUGCAAACCCAUAUCGUCACUAUAACAAUAUUGGCAGUCCGUGUAAUAAUCGUUUGUUUGAGGGAAUUGAUCCUGAAGACCAAGAAUUUUUUAUGUAUUAUUAAGAUUCUCUAUCAUUAGUAAAAUGCAUUAUAUUAUUUGAUGAGCCAAAGUGAUCGUUUAUUUACCAGUUCUUUAAAAUGUUGUUUUUAUUUAUCCUAAGCUGUUGUCUUUGCUUACUAUAUUUAAUGUUUCAAUUGCUUAAUUUUGUUUGAGUGAGUUUAUCACGGUGCACUUACUGAUGAAUCAGUGGCAAUUACAUUGACUACUAAAUAUUGUUGUGAUAUACACAAAUCCACUUGCUUACUUCUUCCAUUUGCGUUUUUUUCAUGUGUAAAAUGUAGAGUUUCUUAAAACUGAUUUACGCAAGUAGUGAAAACGAAAAGUAUGUACAAAA